CCAUCAUCCAAAUAUAUUUUCUACACUUUUGACCGAUUUCCAAGGAUAAUAACCCCAGAGAGUAGAGAACGGUAAAAGAAAUGUUCUCAACACUCAUUCGACCUUCUUCUCGUCUCCUUCGACAAUCUCGUGGUUUGAUACUUCACAACUCAAGUCGACCUUUACAUUUAACAUAUACUUCUCUUUCCAAUCGCUUAUUCAUCUCAACUUCAUCCGUAGCAAGUUCUGACCUGGAUCAAAAGAAUCAAGCUAUCAACACUUCAGUCCAUUUCAAAGAUUCACCCGCUUUUAAAUCCUCUGCUCAGUCAACUGUCGAUACCAAACCUGACCCAUCUCGAGCGCAUGAAGACUGGUGUUUAUUUCAUCCGGUUUACGAACCUGAUGAAUUAAAGCAAGUCAAGGUCGUUCGACAUGAACCCAAAGAUAUCUCCGAUCGAAUUGUGGCUGGCUUAGUAAAACUUAUCAGAUUCGGGUUUGAUACUGCUACUCGUUACAAACAUCCGAUCGAACACCAGGAAAACAGCGGUAAAAGUUUGAGUGAGAUGAGGAAAGCUGGUCUAGUGAUGACACCUCAACAAUGGAUGGCUAGAAUCCUUUUUCUAGAAAGUAUUGCUGGUGUUCCAGGAAUGGUGGCAGCGAUGUUGCGUCACUUUAAAUCACUUCGAAUGUCCGGUCGAGAUGGUGGCUGGAUCAGGACUCUGUUAGAAGAGGCUGAAAACGAAAGAAUGCAUCUUUUGACAUUUAUGAAGAUCAGACAGCCUGGAAUCAUCUUUCGUGCCAUGGUCUUGGGUGCUCAAGGUGUCUUCGCCAACUUGUUCUUUCUUUCCUACAUGGUCUCUCCACGCGCAGCUCACAGAUUUGUAGGCAUACUAGAGGAGGAAGCGGUGGUGACUUACUCACUUGCCAUCCGUGAACUUGAGACUGGGAGGUUACCUGAAUGGGAAAAUAUGCCGGCUCCACAGAUCGCAAAAGAUUAUUGGAGAUUGCUACCUGAUGCAAAGAUGAUCGAUGUCUUGUAUGCAGUCAGGGCCGAUGAAUCAAAUCAUCGUUUUGUGAACCAUAGUUUGGCGAACAUUGAUGCGACUUCUAUCAACCCAUUUGCGAUCAAACAACCCGACGCAGUUAUUCGUGGAACUAUACCCGGCUUUGAACGUCAAGAAUCAGAAGCCUGGGCCCGAAAAGUUGAAGAUGAAGUGAUUGCUGGUCGCAAAUCAGUUCAAGCACACAAGCCUUCUUCAGCUUGAAAAUCAUCUCCUCUCUUCAACACAAACCGAAUUCAAUGUAUUCUGCAGUCAUACUUUUUGUCUUAUAAUUUAUCUUCUUGCUUAUAUUGUAUUAUUAUCAUUUGAUUCCACCCUCAAUAUCUUUCACCUUGUUUAUAUAUCUCUCUCUCAAUGCAUAAUUAGUUAUCAUCCCCACUCAGCAUAGUUUUUAAUAUUUUAUCUUGUUUACAUACUUUUGAUUAUUUUUGUCUGAUUUGAAUUAGCUCGUCAUGUGUUUUAGCAUCACCACUCUCAUAGAAUAAACGGAUAGAAUAGCAAGGUGUAUGAUAUUUGGAUGUUGUGCAAUACUAAACCUUAUCCCCAUUCAAUUAU